UCGAACUCGCAGCGAUCCUCCUGCCUCAGCCUGCCGAGUGCUAGGAUUACAGGCGUGCACCACCACGCCUGGCUACUUUGAUUCUUUAAUGUGAGAAAGGUCAGCGAUUUAAGAGACACCUCACAGAAACCAAACAGAAGGGUCCUGAUUGCCUGCGUAUUUGGUUUAUGUGGGUACUGGGGAUUGAACCUGCGCCUUCGCACCGAGCUGCAUUUCCCGCGGUCUCCUGCUUACCCCUUUUUCUUGGGGAAACAGAGUCUCACAGAGUUGCUCAGUUGCCCAGGCUGGGCUGGAACCUGCAGUCCUCCUACCUCAGCCUCCCAGAAUGCUGUGACUACAGAUGAAGAUCCAGUUUCGAACAUGAGACUCAGUGGGCGAUCAUUUCAUUGAGAUAACUUGAAUGACCAGGUGUAAAGUGCAAGAGGAAUGUGCAAUGACUGAGGCAAGGCAAACUAUUUUAUGGCCAACGUCUACCUCUUUUGAUUCUACAAGAGAAACUAUGCCUCCAGCAGCCCCUAAAGCCCAGGAAUCCAGUCAGCUAUCAUGCAGACUCAUGGCUGAAAAACAGCAGGAGGAAGCAGAAUGGGAAAUCAUAAAUGUGCUGUUAAUGAGACAUGGCUUAAAACCUUUGUGCCUAGUUGAAAGAACAGAUCUUAAAGAUCUUAUAAUUUUUGAUAAACAGUCAUCACAAAGGAUGAGGCAGAAUUUGAAAAUGUUGGUGGAAGAAACAGAUCGUCAACAGAACGUGAUACAAGAGCUCAUAGAAACUAAUCAACAGCUUAAAAAUGAGCUUCAGCUAGAAAAAAACCGAGCAGCACAUCAGGAACAACGAGCUAAUGACUUGGAACAGAUUAUGGAGAGUGUGAGAUGCAAGAUUGGUGAAUUGGAAGAUCAGUCUGUAAAUAGGGUUUGCCAGCAACAGAAUGAAAUGAAAGAUCUUCAGAAGGAGCAUAGAACUUUACAGUCAAAAUGCCAGCAUUAUAAGAAAAAACAAAUGGAACAGCAACAUAUUAUUGCUGCUUUGCAAAAGGAUGUCUGUCGAUUAACAAAAGAGGAAGAAGAACGAAUUAUCACGCAAAACAGAGUGUUUGCCAGUCUCUGCAAAAGAGUUCCUCAUACAGUCUUGGAUCAACAAGUUCCUUGUCUAUUCUGGCUAUUAUCCCUUUUCAGGUUGCUUUCCUUGAUUGACUACUAUGAAUCUAAAAUUAGAAAAAUCCAUAAACAAAGGCAGUACAAAAAAGAUGAAAGUCAGUCGGAAGAAGAAAAAGAUUACAGAAAUCUGAAUGCUUCACUACCUUACAAAGGCCUUCUAACAGUAUUACAGAAUCAACUCAAGGAAUCAAGGUCCAAGAUUGAUGUACUUUUAAGUGAAAAGCUGAACCUCCAAAAAGAUUUAGAAAGCAGGCCCACACAACAUGAAUUAAGACUUUAUAAACAACAAGUGAAGAAACUGGAGAAAGCCCUCAAGAAAAACAUAAAAUUACAGGAACUUAUCAGUCAUACAAAAACUGAGGACACAGACAAAAAAGAUGAACCCAGCAAAGAAAACCAUCAACAGGCUCUAGUUGACCAGAGAUACUUUCAGGUGCUAUGUAGUAUCAAUUCAAUUAUUCAAAAUCCAAGAGCUCCAGCAAUAAUUUAUAAACAGAGCAAAGAAGGACCCCAACAUUUUAACAAAGACUUUGUUCAGGAUUGUGGAUUUGAACACCUUGUUCCUAUAAUAGAAAUGUGGGCAGAUGAACUGACAUCCCUGAAGGAUUUGUAUAAGUCGUUGAAAGUACUAUCUUCAGAACUGGUGCCUUGGCAUUACUUAAAGAAACAGGAUGAAAAUGAAGGUAUCAGAGUUGAAAAUCUGUUGUUUAUGGUGGAUACCAUGUUGGAAGAAGUUGAAAAUAAGGAAAAGAACAGCAACACGCCAGACUUUCAAACUUUGCAAGCCAUUGUCUCUCACUUCCAAAAGUUAUUUGAUGUGCCUUCCUUAAAUGGAGUCUUCCCCCGAAUGAAUGAGGUUUAUACUAGGCUUGGAGAAAUGAGCAAUGCUGUGAGGAACCUCCAAGAACUCUUAGAAUUAGAUAGUUCAUCCUCAUUGUGUAUGCUGGUGAGCACAGUUGGAAAAUUGUGUAGGCUGAUUAAUGAGGAUGUGAAUGAGCAGGUUAAGCAAGUAUUAGGACCAGAAGACCUCCAAAGCAUUAUCAACAGACUGGAAGAACAUGAGGAAUUUUUCCCAGCAUUUCAGGCAUUUACUAAUGAUCUGCUUCAGAUCUUAGAAAUUGAUGACUUGGAUGCCAUUGUACCUGCAGUAAAGAAAUUAAAAGUACUUUCAUACUGAAACAAAUCAAAUCACUUUAGUGUGUAAAUUGCAUUUUUGCCAUUCUAAGUAUUCUGUAGGAUUGGUCUUAUUUUGAGACAAAGGGUAUAAAAUAUAUUUGCUUUCAGAAUUCAUCCUCUUAGUGUUGGGUGAUUCUCCUUGUAAUUUUUUUUUAUUAACUUUAAUCUUACAAAAAGUAGCUGCUAAGUUAUUAAAAUAGUAAGUUAACUCCAGAUCCCUUGAUCAUUUUUUAAGCAAUUCUUGAGUGCUUAGAAUUUAGGGUAGAGUUUGUGAGUAAAAGACCCAGAGAGAGAGUAUGUAAAUAAUAGAAAAGUUGUGUUUAAGUUCAGGGUUUGCUCACCUUCUGGUCAGGGCAAAAGGAUUGCCAGGUCUAGUCAAUAGUAAGCUACUGCUUUCCUGGCAAGGAUUAACUGAUAUUCUGUUAAGGCAUCUCUCGUGGCAAUUGUCUUUUCAGAGCAGGAAGGAGAAAGGGAAAAAAGAAAAAAAAUUGUAUCUUUGUGUUAGGGUAGGAAGUGAAUCAUGGGGUAAAAUAGAUGAGUAGAAGGAUGUUUGUCUUUUUUAAAGUCUUUUUAGCAAUCUUGAUGUAAUGUGCUUUUUAUAAGGCGAUACAAUUUCAAAUAAAAGUUUUGUAAAAAAACAUUUCCAAA